GGACAGGCCACCUGCUACCACGACCCUCUGACCUGCUCAGGCAGAAGCUGUCCAGGGACAAAGAAGAGCACAGGUCAUUUAUCUCCAGGUUUUGAGAUCUGCGUGGGGAGCUGUUGCAGCAGCCCAAGCAGGAGCAGGACAGGAGUGCCCACACCCCCGGUUACCGGGAGUGGAAGGGAGCUCAUCCUGAGAAUUGUGCAGAACGUCUUGAGUGCUUGUUAACCUUCAGAUCAGCAGGAAGAACCCAGACAGCAUGGCGUGGCAGGGGCUGGUGCUGGCUGCUUGCCUCCUUGCGCUCCCCUCCACCAUGGCGGACUGCCUGUCCCGCUGCUCCUUAUGUGCUGUGAAGACCCAGGAUGGGCCCAAACCCAUCAAUCCACUGAUUUGCUCCCUGGAAUGCCAGGCUGCACUGCUGCCCCCUGAAGAGUGGGAGAGGUGCCAGGGCCUUCUGUCCUUCUUCACCCCCUUCCCUCUUAGGCUCAGUGGGAAGGAAGACUCGGAGAGCAAGGCAGCUUUGGAAGAGGCCUACGGCGAGCUGGCCAAGCACAGGGGGCCCUACCUGAAAGAGCUGGAGAAAAACAGAUUCCUCCUCAGCACGCCAGCAGAGGAGAAUGCUCUGAGCAGGAGCCUGGCAGAGAAGCUCAGGGGUCUCUCUGGCAUGUUGGAGGAGGGGUCAGAGUCAGAGCUGAUGGGGGACACCCAGCUGGAUGAUGUCACCUUGGAAGCUGGCACACUGCAUUCUGAUGAGGAGGACCCCAGGGAGCAGGUCAAACGCUAUGGGGGCUUCUUGCGCAAAUACCCUAAGAGGAGCUCCGAGGUGGCUGGGGAGGGGGUGGGGGAGGGGGAUAGGGUGGGCCACGAAGACCUGUACAAACGCUAUGGGGGCUUCCUGCGGCGCAUCCGUCCCAAGCUCAAGUGGGACAACCAGAAGCGCUAUGGAGGUUUUCUCCGGCGCCAGUUCAAGGUGGUGACUCGGUCUCAGGAGGACCCCAGUGCCUACUCCAGAGAGCUUUUUGAAUCUUAAACACCUGCCCGCCAUGGAGGGGAGUCAGGAGCUCCCCCAUAUUGGAGUGCACUCAUUCUCCCUCCUUACGUUCCCUGUCCCCACGCUCAGCCCCACAUUAUUGACAGUGCACCCAUGCCCAGCCUGCCUCUCCUCUGCCCGGAGUGCAGGGUUUGUCGGGGCCAGUGGGCCGGGAGGACAGAGGUUCCCCCUCAGUGGGCUUAGUGCUUGGCUCAGACCCUAGACCUCUAAAGCCACUGCUUUUCAUAUCAAUCCCUCCACCCCAUUCACGUGACUCCCCAGUUCCAGAAAUCCAUGCUGAUUUCUUCAUCUCUCUACACCUGUUGUUUCCAAGCUUUGCUGAUCACAUGCUCCUCUCAGAAGAAAAAUAAGCAUCACUCCCACGCAGAUAUAGUCAUUUAGAUGCUAUAUAUAUGUAUGCUAAAACAUAGAAAAGGUAGAAAUGUAAAAUAAGAGAAAUAAACAAUAGACAUCCUAAUAUUUUCCUCCCAAGCCUCAAAGGAUCUCCUGUGUACCCCACUUUGAAGGCUGUGCUUUAGGUGAAGCACUCAAACCCGGCCUUCGAUUGGAGCAGGAGUUCCUGCACUAGAAAGUUCAGUCUUCUAGUAGAUUAAGUGUUGGCGUGCUUUGAGUUUUCAUGGUUUAGAAACACAUUUCCAAGAACCGAGUUUCUGCACUUCCGCCCAUGUUGGUACCCUGGACAGCGCCCACAUCUCGCGGGAGUGGAAAGGCGUAGUAACAGCCCUUUCCCUAAAUGGUUGCGGAGGGCAGCUCUCCGUCCGAAUGCCGAAACGAUCAUGCAGGGAGCAAGGCAAACCAGUUUGUUCUGUGCAACAAACUCAGAAUGUGGGCCCGUUCCCUCAGCCCUCAUCACACUAAUUAAACCGAGCGGCGUCCCACUCCUGCCCCGGGACGAACGGGAGCUGAGCGGAGCCGAUGAGGUUAAGCGCAGCCAUGUUCUUGAGCAGCUGAAUCUGCUGCCGGGAGCCCAGGCCAUCUGGCCGAACAUAUGCAGUGGGCACUGCGCAAGGCAGUCGAGGAGCAGCAGUGAGAGAGUGAAAAGGCCCUCCCCCACCCCAUGGCAACUCUUCCCUCUUAAUGUCAAAAUAUUAAUAAAGCGAGAAGAAGAAGGAAAUGAUUAAGUGUUUGACGACAAAUGAGUUCCCUUGAUUCAGAUGUCUCAGAGCCAGAGGCCGAGUCCUCCCAAUGCCUUGGUUUCCAUCCGAGUUCCCUCUCUCUCUGUCUCUGUUUUGCUCGCUUGCCUCGGGCGCUGGGGUUUGGUCUGUGGGUCGGGGAGGCUGGGCUGGAUAGGAGAGCAAAUGGACUUGAGUUUGGUUAAUUUGUGUAAAUCCCACCGAUCACAACUGUUCACGUGCAACUCCCAGCUCUCUCAUGAUGUUCUGAAAUGUACUGAUUGUUUUAGGAUUACUUGGUGGGCUUUAUAAAAAUCCCAUUUAUGCAAUUUACUUGGAAUUUGCUUAAUCCUUAAUAGGCCCGUGUUAUUUCCCACUCCUUCAGUACAAUAAAUAAAUAAAA